AUGACUAUUACCUCGAUGACAAUAAACAUCGAUACACUCUAUGAUGAUUUAAUGAGUCUUUGUUCCCAAGAUGAUGCUUUCUAUUACAAAGACAUUCGUUUACAUGCCAUAAAUUAUCGUAUAUUCAAUCAUCGUCUUUGCUCAUAUGGAAGGUUUAAGACGCGUACAGCAGCCUUGAAUAGUUGUGGAACAAUGUUUAACAUUACAAAUUCGAACAAUGUAAAACUUGUUUCUUUACCACCAGAGAGAAUUUUCGAUUAUGAAGAAGGUUUCGGUCAAAAACAAUAUCAUGAACGUGGUCGAUUAGGAGACAAAAUGGAGAAAAUGGAUGGAGCAUUGAUGUCAACAUUUUUACAUGGAAGAACUUCAAAAGAACAAGUCCUUCGACUUAAAUCAAAACAAUCGUUAACAUCAAAUCAAGUUCUGGAAGCGAUGCAAUUACUCGUGGAUGACUUUAAAUGUGAAAUCGAACAGCUGGUUCAUCUCAACUAUACUGUCAAUAUGGAAUAUACAUCGCCUUCUAAUCACGUUUUUGUUUCCUAUCCACAACCACAACUCACUAUUCUAUCUAUUCGAUCACAUACUGAUGGUCACACUUUGUUCGGUACUCGAUUAAAAAGAUUUCUUCUUGAAAAUAAUUUGCCUAUAAGUCUCGACCAUCUCGUUCCGUUUGAAUCCAUUCUACCUGAUGUAACACAAAAACAAUUACUCCAAGAUACUUAUCAACAAACUCAUGGCGAAGGUUAUGUUAUUGAGAUUAUUCAACCUGAUCAACGAUCCUAUCUUGUCAAAAUUAAAACACAAAAAUACUUUAUGGUUUAUGGAGACGGUGGAAGCGAGAAUUCACCAAGAUCACUAUUCGAAGCUAUCAUUAACGGAAAUGCAGAUGAUUUGGCGGCAUUGUUUAACGAUGAUACAGAAACAUUAAAGAGAAUCGAUGAAAUGGAAAAAAAAAUAAAACCAAAAUAUUAUCGAAUGAUUGAAUUAGUUGAACAAUUUUACCAGAAGAAUAAACAUUUGUCGAAAAGAGAUUUCGUUCGAUCAAUCAAGAUGACAGAAGAUAUGAAGAUUUACUUACCACUGUUGACGACAUUAUAUGAAGGCAAGGAAAAUGAUUAUAAAGUGUUUGCAAUGAAACAUGCAAAAGAUCUGUUCGGCAUUGGUGGUGAAGGAAAUCAACGGACAACAACAGUGAACCAGGAUAAGUUAGAAUGA